AUAAACCAAAAGUUCCAAUGAAUUUUACAUAUAGCUCCCUAUAAAAUGAUUUCAUCUUAUGUGGAUUCUCUCAUCACUUAACAAUGGCUUUAAGGAUAAUUGUUCCUUGUGUUCUAAUGCUAUUUUCAAAUUUCAAUGGCUUACAUGGCCAGAUAUCUCCUAACAUGAGCAUAGGUCCUGGCAUCACUGCUGGAUCCAAUGGUUCUUUGCUGUCCGUCUCAGGUGAUUUUGCAUUUGGAUUCUAUGCUCUCCAAAACGGCCUCUACCUUGUUGGGGUUUGGUUUGAUAGAAUUCCAGAGAAAACACUAGUUUGGUCAGCCAACCGUGACAGCCCAGCAGAACAAGGAUCAACAAUCCAACUGACUAAUGCCGGAGAGCUUGUAUUCACAUAUGCUAAUGGCAGUACUCUACAAAUAUAUAGUGGAGCUGCUGCAAGUUUAGGCAUCAUGCAAAAUAAUGGUAACUUUAUCUUAAGAGAUAACAGUUCAAGAAUCCUUUGGCGGAGCUUUGAUUCACCAACAAACACACUCUUGCCGGGUCAAGUUCUAGACCAAGGCCAAACACUCUAUUCCAAUGCAAUAGGAAGUUCAAAUUCAACUUACUCUACAGGGGAUUUCAUGCUGUUAAUGCAAUUUGAUGGAAACUUGGUGCUCUCUGCCUAUCAUUUUGCUGACCCAGGUUAUUGGACCACACAAACCUUUGCAGCCAAUGUGAGCCUAGUCUUUGAUAAGAGUGCUUCCUUGUACCUUGUCAAUGGUACUAAGGAUGAAAUUUACUCUAUAACAAAGAACCUUUCAAGCCCAGUUGAAGACUACUAUCAUCGAGUAACAGUUGAAGAUGGCAAUUUCCAACAAUAUAUUUACCAUAAAAGAAAUGGCAGUGGAUGGAAAAGGGUGUGGAGAGCCAAUGAUGACCCUUGCUUCGUGAAUUCUGUAUGCGGCAUAUAUGCUAUGUGCACUUCUCCAGAUAAUGAAACAGUGAGCUGUAGUUGCUUGCCGGGCUAUCUGCAGUUAGAUCCAAGAGAUGUAUCAAAAGGAUGCUACCAGGAAAACAUGGUGAAUUAUUGCGCAGACCAUUCAAUGAGGAAUUUUAGCACAAUGGUAAUUGAUGAUGCUGAUUUCUCUCCUGAUAUUAACAAUGGAGAUUUGGGUGAAGUAAGAAACGUUGAUGUGGAGGGAUGCAAGAAAGCUGUAAUGGAUGACUGUUAUACCUUGGCUGCUUCCUGGAUGAAUUCAACCUGUAUCAAGAAGAGGAUGCCUUUGUUAAAUGCAAGAAAAAGUGCUUCCUCCAAAGGCAGAGUGGCAUUUAUCAAGGUGCCUAAUAAGAAGAAGAGUGAGCCAAGUCCUCCAAGGAAAAGGAAGAAUUUUGAUACACGGCUUCUUUUGGUGAUUGGCCUUAUAAUUAGUGCUGCUUUUGCUUUCUUGUUUGGAGCACUUGCCUUGUACUAUCACCCUGCCGUUCGGAAUGUAUUGAAGAGAUGGAAGUCAGCAAAUGCAAAGACCAUUGGAAUUAACUUUCGAGAUUUCACAUUGCAAGAGCUACGUGAAGCAACAAAUGGAUUUAGUAAGAUCCUUGGUCGUGGUGCUUCUGGAACAGUUUACUGUGGUAGUCUAACUUCAGAGGAUACCAAGAUUGAUAUUGCUGUGAAGAAGCUAACAAAAGGCACUGAGAAAAGUGAGAAGGAAUUUACAACAGAGCUGAAAAUAAUUGGUCGUACGCAUCAUAGGAAUUUAGUAAGACUAUUGGGAUAUUGCGUUGAGAACGAUCAGAGACUUUUAGUUUAUGAGCUAAUGCCAAAUGGAACAUUGUCCCUUUUUCUGUUCAAGGAGGGGGAGAAACCAACUUGGCUUCAGAGAUCUGAAUUGGCGCUUGAAAUAGCUAGAGGCUUACAUUACAUGCAUGAAGAAUGUGAGGCUCAGAUCAUACAUUGUGACAUGAAGCCCGAGAAUGUGCUACUUGAUGUCAAAUAUAGUGCAAAGAUAGCAGAUUUUGGACUAUCCAAGCUUUUGAAUAAAGAGCAAACUAGAACUGACACCAAUGUUAGAGGCACUAUAGGAUAUAUGGCACCAGAAUGGCUUAAGAGGGGACCUGUUACUGCCAAAGUGGAUGUUUACAGUUUUGGUGUGAUGUUACUAGAGAUAAUUUGCGGAAGAAGACACAUAGAAUCAAACCGGGUUGAGGAGGAGAGUGAAAAGGAUGAUCUACUACUUUCAAAUUGGGUUCUAAGUUGUGUGAUUUCUGGGAAGCUAGAGAUGGUGGUGGGACAUGAACCCGAAGCAUUGAGCGAUUUCAAGAGGUUUGAGCGAAUGGCCUUGGUGGGAUUAUGGUGCAUUAAUCUGGAUCCGAUUCUCAGGCCCUCUAUGAAGAAAGUGUUACAAAUGCUGGAAGGAACAGUGGAAGUUGAGAUACCACCGCAGGUUUAUGAUGAUGUUUCAAACUAUCGAAAGCAUUAGUUUGUUGAUUGUUGGCUUUCUCUUGUAUUCUAGGUCCGGUUUAUUAUGAGCCAACCUUGUACCCCUGUUUUUGUAGUAUGAAUAAAAAUGAGAUAAGAUGAGUGGGAAUUUUAGUACCAA